AAUAUCUAAUUAUCCGCCAAGCUCUCCAACUCUGCAAUAUUGAAAACAAAAAUACACCAUGCAGAUAAUUAUUAUUUUAUGAUGGCAGACAAUAGCCUUGAGAAAGAAAUCGUUUACCUCACUAGUCUCAUUCAGGCCCAUAAGAAGUCUUCACAUGUUCCCAAACCAGCCUCUGUUCAUCACCAGACUAGAGGCCGUGGGGACAAUGGAUAUAGCCAUCGUUUAAAUCACUCAAACAAAAGCAAACUAAAGAACAGAGUGCUUCAUGGCAACCGUGUGUAUAAACCAACGGAGGCAAAAUCAUCAGAUACUGAUAAAUCAACCAGUACUCAACAAAUACGAACGUCAGUGAUACCUCAAACAAUUUCACCAGUAAAUUAUUCCAGAGGCAAUACUACAAAGCCACGACGUCAUAGCAAUCGUGUAUACAAGCCCAACAGUUCUGAUGGACCGGUUACCAGUAGUACCGUCGCUACUCAGUCGUCUAGGGUGGUGGAGGCAACAAAGGUCAACAAGUCGACAGGUUCAAAGUUCAAAUGGAAACGUAGAUCUGUUAGUGAUGAAAAACUUCCCAGUACAACUUCAAUUGAAGGGCCCAAGAAAAUAAUGCAACCUCCUCUGGUACAUAAGACAACUCCGAAAAGGUUGUCCCACAAGCGACCCACCCCUCUUCCCAAGAACAACACCAAGUACAAGUGGAAGAGACGAUCGUCGAUAGGUUCUAAGGAGAAGUCUGGAAAUAAUCCAAUUUCCCCGUUGAUAGCCCAGAGCAAGUUUAAACUGACACGAGCCUCUCUGCUGAAGUCUCACUCUGUUAGUCCUUUCUCACGGAGAGGAGGCACCUUCAGACAAAGGAGGCUCUCAUAUCGUAGGAAGAAUCUACUCAGGGCCACUCCGCUAUCUGCUCGGAAGAAGUCUCUCAGAAAGUCUAAGAACAAAGUUUGGAUAGCAACCAACAGUGUACAAUCGUCUUUGGCAGCAAACACAUCACCGACUGCCUCCUCUAAUAUGAUUGGACGUGAGGUCAAGACGUCCCGAGGGAAUAAACUGUGGAUUGCCUCAGGUCUGAAAUCCCCCACUCCAAAACGGAGGGGGGGUGGUCUAAUCUCACUGAGAGGGGACAGUUUCGUGCAGGACUCGUCAGGCAAAACAUUGAAACGACUAAACAGUGUCUCAAAGCUAGCCCAGGCUGUUAGGAGACGUUCAUCCAGUAAUGGUCCAGUGGUCAAAGCACCCUCUGUGAAACAAUAUCUAGCAAGUCGUGUUGUGCGUAAGAGCAGAAAAUAUGUGUGGAACUCGAAGUACAAAGACAAAUCAAAACAGUACUGCAUGUUCUUCAAUAAAUUUGGUAAAUGUAACCAUAGAGACACAUGUCCCUACAUCCAUGACCCUGACAAGAUAGCUGUGUGUACUAAGUUUCUGAGAGGAGUGUGUGACAAGACUGAUGGUAACUGUCCUUUCUCACACAAGAUCUCCAAAGAGAAGAUGCCAGUGUGCUCGUACUUCCUGCGUGGUUUGUGUGGCAAGGAGGACUGUCCCUAUCUCCACGUGAGCGUGGGGAGGGAGGCUCAACUCUGUAUGGACUUUGUCAAGGGAUAUUGCCCCAGGGGAGAGGAGUGCACCAUGCAGCACCUUGUCGACUGUCCCGAGUACUUGGAGAAGGGGGCUUGUUCUCGAGGGAAGGCCUGCCCCCUCAGGCACAGGGAGAGACUGUACAAGGCCAGACAGGAGAAAGCAAAACAGACCAAGCCUGCACCAGUGUCUUUAGUGAAAGAGCCGUAUGCUUUCAAGGUAGCUCGGCGCACCAUCAAGAAGAGAGGCAGAGAGUCUUUACCUACCACCACAUCUGACACCUCUGUCAUAUCAUCUUCACCACUGGAUAUGAGCUCAGCCCCUGAUUUCAUUGCUCUGUGAGGUGUGGCUAUUGGAAGCACUGAGGUGUUGAUAAAGUUGUGACUAUUAUAAUUAUACAAACCACAAGAGAUUCACUUUCUCUUCUCAUUCAGUUUAGCUACUAGUAUGGUUCAGUGAACUGUUCAUAGCUAGCUAAGCAACCACAUGAAAGAAUUCGUUCUGUUCUUAAAAUUAAUUUCGUUCAUUAUUUUGAAAUUUGAUACUCUUA